AUGGGUGACUGGAGCUUCUUGGGCAACAUUUUAGAAGAAGUAAAUGAACACUCAACAGUGAUUGGCAGGGUGUGGCUGACAGUGCUCUUCAUCUUUAGGAUUUUGAUCCUGGGCACGGCCGCAGAGUUCGUCUGGGGAGAUGAGCAGUCGGAUUAUGUUUGCAACACCCAGCAGCCGGGUUGCGAGAAUGUCUGCUAUGAUGAGGCUUUCCCCAUAUCCCACAUCAGACUCUGGGUGCUCCAAAUCAUCUUCGUCUCCACUCCCUCACUGGUGUAUGUGGGCCACGCUGUGCACCACGUCCACAUGGAGGAGAAACGCAAGGAGAGGGAGGAGGCAGAUAUGAACAGGCAGCAGGAGAUGAAUGAGGAGAGGCUGCCACUGGCACCUGACCAGGGCAGUGUCAGGACCACCAAGGAGACCAGCACUAAGGGCAGCAAGAAGUUCCGGCUGGAGGGCACACUGCUGCGGACCUACAUCUGCCACAUCAUCUUUAAGACCCUCUUUGAGGUGGGUUUUGUGGUGGGCCAGUACUUCUUGUAUGGCUUCCGCAUCCUGCCACUGUACAAGUGCAGCCGCUGGCCAUGCCCCAACACCGUUGACUGCUUUGUCUCACGACCCACAGAGAAAACAGUCUUCAUCAUCUUCAUGUUGGCUGUGGCCGGUGUCUCGCUCUUCCUCAAUUUUGUGGAGAUCAGCCACCUAGGUCUCAAGAAGAUCCGCUUUGUCUUCCGUAAGCCACCGCAGCAGCAAGGGGAGGGGCUGGCCCCAGAGAAGAGCUUGCCCUCCAUCGCCGUUUCUUCCAUCCAGAAGGCUAAAGGUUACAAACUGCUAGAGGAGGAUAAGCCCGUGUCCCACUUCUUCCCUCUGACAGAGGUGGGAAUGGAGGCCGGCAGACUCCCCACGCCCUUCCAGGCAUUUGAGGAGAAGGCAGACGAAGCACAGCCCCUAGAGGACAUCACCAAGGUGUACAAUGAAACUCUGUCCUCCUAUGUUCUAACCACUGAGCCAGAAGAGGAAGCACCACAGGAAGAGGGAGAAGAUGAUGAGAAAGAUGAGGAUGAUGACGAGGAUGAUGAAGAUGAUGAUGAUGAAGAGGAGGAAGAACCUUCUGCUGAAGCCAUGGAUGCAACUGAGACGAUAGAAGACACCAGACCACUCAGUAGUUUGAGCAAAGCCAGUAGCAGGGCAAGGUCAGAUGAUCUGACAGUAUGA